AUGAAUUGGAACGUCUUACGACCCGAAUAUGCGGCAUGGCAACCCGAAUGGACCGUGGAAGAUAUCCGGUUGACAUUUCUCAAAUGUACAAGAUGGCAGGUGGAGGAAACCUUGGAUCCGAUCAAUUGCCCUUACCACUACUUCUGUGACAGUGUUUACCCAGGAAACUACUCUCCUGCUGUGGAUUUUCUGCUUCUUUUCUUUGCAGCAGCUUCAUACUUGGCAACCCUGGUCUUUAUGGUGAUGCACAUAUCGGGUAGAGGUCAAAGUUUUAGUCAGUCAAAAAGAUACUUGCUACCUUCCGGUCCAAUUGCUCUUCCACUGAUCAUCUUGGCCUUAGCCAAGGGCCACCGGAUAAACUCUGCUUUUCCUCUCUCAUGCACCGGUCCAGCAAUCCUCCUGCUGGUUCUGGUAUCUGCUCUAACCUUCGACAAUGGAGCAGAAACAGACAUCAAGUAUGUGCUUUUUGAGACAUCAACCGUCUCUGGAAUUUUGCAUGCAAGCAUAUACUUGGAUUCUGUCAUCUUACCCUACUAUACUGGUUUUGACGCUCUAGGGAUGGUCAUUGACCACUUUUUUGGUUGUGGGCACCCUGUGUUGGAGGAUUAUAUGCCGGCUUGGGGGAACAAAAAGAGGAAAGUUCAUACUGAUUAG